UUCUUGAAUUAGAAGGACAUUCGUUGUGUUUUUGGUUUGACAAUUCUCUCUCUUUUCUAAACAUACUAUAAUGCAAUUACGGUUUUUAUCGCCUGAAACUCCAAUCAAGGAAACCUAUUUCCUAUUACCCAGAUUUGCACUACGCGUUGUUGGAUGUUGGCCACAAAAGAAAGUACCAACUUUUAUUAGCAUUUUGCAUUUUCUAGUUAGCAGUACUGCUGUGGCAUUUGGUGCAUUUGGCGAAUGUAUUUGUGGAGCUUUAACAUUGAAUCAAAUUUUGGAAACAAUGGAAGCUUGGUGUCCGGGAGUGACCAAACAGAUUUCACUUUUUAAAAUGUGGAUAUUUUUUGUGCACCGCGAAAAGUUGUAUUCACUAAUCGAUCGUAUUGAAAAACUUUUGACAGCAGAUGGUAACGAGGAUAAAAUGAAAAUAGCACAAAAACUAUCUGUGAUUGCAUCAAUUUUGACACUUAUACUUUUUGUGAGUGCAAACUCGACAAAUAUGUUCUUUAAUACGAGACCGUUAAUCAAUAAUAUUAUACGGAUGUGGAAUGGAAAAAAUACAACAUUGGAUUUUCCAUUUAAAAUGAUACUGCCCGAUGUUUUGACCAACUAUCCGGUAUAUCCUUUCACAUACAUCUCCAUGUCCUACUCUGGUGUCAUGACAGUAUUUACAUUUUGUGGCGUCGAUGGUUGUUUCGUUGGCUUAUGUUUCUACAUCAGUGCCUUAUUUCGAAUGAUACAAUACGAUAUCCAGGAAGUGUUUGUCCAUUUACAAUAUCUUGACAAAGCCGGCAGGAGGGACAAUCAAAUAAUGCGCCAAGAAUUGAAGGUAAUUAUUCGCCGGCACAACGAGGUCAUCGAUUUGUGCAAUGAAUUCAAGGAAAUUUUCACGACCAUCAUCAUGGGGCAUUUCCUGUCAGCAUCCCUUGUCGUUUGCUUCAGCGUCAUUGAUCUCUUAUACAAUACUGGACUUGGUUUGGUGUUGUACGUUUGCUACAGCAUAGCAGCACUUUCGCAAUUAUUUUUAUAUUGCAUCGGUGGGACCUAUGUGAACGACAGCAGCUUGGAAAUAUGCGAUUCCGUGUAUCUGGUUGAAUGGUAUAAAUGCGAUGCGGAAACACGAAGAAUGAUCCUGAUGAUAUUGAUACGUGCACAAAGGCCAGCAACAAUCAGUGUGCCGUUCUUUUCGCCAUCGCUACCAACAUUUAUGGCGAUACUCAGUACAACUGGAUCUUAUAUUGCAUUGAUGAAGUCUUUUAUAUAAAGUUGGUUUUAAUAAAUGAAUAAUUG